CACAGCCGGAAACGGAAGUGGCGGCUCGGGGCCGUCGCAAGCCUUCCGCCGCUGUAGCUCUUUGUGGCUUGGAAGACCCACGGAGAGACAGGAAGCGGAAGUUGCUCAACGGGAAGAAGACGUCGCCUCGUAGUCUGGCGGGGGCUUUUUCGGUUCUAGAGGCGGCAGCGACAGCGGCAGCGGCAGGAACAGACUCUCACCAUGGGCAACACAAGCAGCGAGAGGGCCAGCAUAGAGCGGCAGGGGGGCCACAAGACCCACCGUCGAGACAGCACCGGGGGAGCCAUCACCACCAAGGAGGGGGGGGAGAGGCCCAAGAUCAUGAUGGACAGCCCCGAGGAUGCCGACCUCUUCCACUCCGAAGAGAUCAAGGCUCCAGAAAAGGAGGAGUUCCUUGCGUGGCAGCAUGAUCUAGAAGUGAACGACAGAACUCCCACCCAAGCUCGUCCGACUGUGUUUCGAUGGACAGGGGGAGGAAAAGAGGUUUAUUUAUCUGGAUCCUUCAAUAACUGGACAAAACUACCACUCACAAGAAGCCACAACAACUUUGUAGCGAUCCUGGAUUUGCCAGAAGGAGAACAUCAGUACAAGUUCUUUGUGGACGGUCAGUGGACCUACGAUGCCUCUGAGCCAGUAGUGACCAGCCAGCUUGGCACAAUUAACAACGUCAUUCAGGUGAAGAAAACUGACUUCGAAGUGUUUGACGCUUUAAUGGUGGAUUCCCAGAAGUGCUCCGAUGUGUCCGAGCUGUCAAGUUCGCCGCCAGGACCCUACCAUCAGGAGCCCUAUGCUUGUAAACCAGAGGAACGUUUCAAAACCCCCCCCAUCCUUCCCCCACACCUGCUCCAGGUCAUCCUGAACAAGGACACUGGCAUCUCGUGUGACCCGGCUUUAUUGCCUGAGCCCAACCACGUCAUGCUGAACCACCUGUACGCCCUCUCCAUCAAGGACGGCGUGAUGGUGCUCAGCGCCACCCACCGCUACAAGAAAAAGUACGUCACCACCUUGCUGUACAAGCCGAUAUGAAGCCCCCGGGAGGCUGCGGGCACUGGGGAGCAGCAGAGAGGAUGGCGCGGCAUGACCUGACCCAUCUGCAGCUUCGCACCACAGGAACUACCCCACACGGUCUUCAUUCCACGCUCUUUUUCCACUCGCCCUGCUUGAAGAUCUCCUUUUGGCAAGGCAGCUCCUGAGGAGCCAGGCCGGCCGCUGUGGCCACUGACUGACCAUAAAACCUUCUGGCAUUUACCGUGAUGGGGAGGGCGUAAAGGAAGGCGCAGAAGAUUGGCCGCAGCCCAAAGCAUCAGGGAACCUGUGUGCACGGUCGGAGACAGACGCUCUAACAGGCACCAGGCACCAUCCUAAAAAAUUUGAAUAAGCUCAGCCCAGACCCCAGUUGUGGGCUGCUCUGUCUCAGGUAGCUGGCCCGACGAUAGGGGCUCUCCUUACCAGUGACUUUUGCGUCACUUGUCCAUGGAUGCGACGGUCAGUGCAGACGGUAGGUCUGCCCCUCUUUGGCUGGCGGCAAACUUGCACAGGAAGCUCUGGCCCUGGCCCUCAUGCACACUGAGCAUGCUGUGUUUUAAACCCAAAAUUUCUGGGGUGGGGGGAUGCAUAUAGUAGAGAUGCGAUGACACAGGCUUGUAAGGGCAUUUUCUUUUUUUAAUUGCCAACACUUGGGUGUGGAUCAUGUGAAGAGGGCCCCUCAGGGACCCAUCCCAGCUGCGGCCAGGCUGUCCAGAGGGCCGACCAGUGCACCAUUUCUUCUAGGUCUGGGUGUUGCUUGGACUUGCUUUUAAUCGUCCAGUCGGGCCUAAGGUGACCGGUGACUCUGGGAACCCGUGUAGCUGAGAUCUCAAAACCAGAUGAUCAUGGAAGGCUCCAGCAGGUGCCGGCCAUUUAGCAAAGCUUUUAUUUCUGAAGGGAAUUUAGAUUUUCUGGGGUGGGUGACCUCACGAGGAAAUGCCUACUCUGGGCUUGGCAGUGGGCCAGGGUCCCCGAGCCGGCCCUUGUUACCUCACUCCAGUGUUCAUUCGCCUCAGGCACUCACGCCUCUUGUAUCGUUGUGGAAACACGGAAUCACCGUCACCUUGUCAUACCUCCUGAACAGGUUUAAAUAAAGCUUUUUGUAAGAAAUGA